AUGACCCCGAAGUAUGCGCGCGACACGGUUCGUGCCGUGCCUCUCGUUCCCAAAGGGGACUGUGAAAGGAGGAAUGCGUUGAGCAGGGGUAUGACCCCGAACUCUCCGCGUGGCACGGUUCCGACGUUUCUGCAGCAAAGGCCUCAGAAGAAGAGCAGCGACCAGAACGCGGGCAACAUUGUGAAGCUGCAAAACCCCCACCUGAAGGACAUCAAAGUGGACAACCUGUACCACCUGGCGCUGUCCACGGCCACACACCAGCUGAAGGAGAUGUUCGGCGACAUCAAGUUUGUGUGCAUGGGCGGCACGACGUCACGGAUGCACCGCUUCGCCCAGUUCAUCAAGACGGGCCUCGACAUCAAUUUGCCGACGGGCGCUGAACUUUACGACAUCAGCGAAGCCUCGCACCGCUACUGCAUGUACAAAAUCGGACCUGUGCUCUCUGUCAGCCACGGGAUGGGCUCUCCUUCUCUCUCCAUCGUGAUGCACGAGCUGUUGAAGCUGCUGCAUUACUCCCAUUGCACCCCGGACGUCGUCAUGCUGCGCCUUGGAACUUGCGGAGGCAUUGGGGUUCCCCCUGGAUCGGUCAUCGUGAGCACAGCCGUCAUGAACGGCCUGCUACAAGAGGAACUGGAAGUCUUCAUUCUGGGAGAGUGCGUGAGGCGUCCCUGCGUUCUGGACGGUGAUCUGGUACGCGAGCUUGUGGACGUGGGCAACCGUUUCUUGCCCGCUGUGCAAAUCGUGCGCGGCAAGACGCUGUCCACCGAUGACUUUUACGAAGGUCAAGGCCGACUGGACGGUGCGUUUUGCACUUACACGGAGAAGGCCAAGCGCCAGUUCAUGGAGAAGCUCCGGUCUAUGGGCGUGCGCAACAUCGAGAUGGAGGCUUCCCAGUUCGCCGCCAUGUGUCACUUCGCCGGCCUCAAAGGAGGCGUGGUUUGCGUAUCGCUCCUGGACCGUCUUGAAGGAGACCAGGUAGACGUGCCCGACUCCGAGAUGAUCGAGUGGCAAGAGCGGCCGCAGGAGCUCGCCCUCCAGUUCAUCCGCAACAGGCUGGGCCUGCCUCCGAAGUCAAAUUAG